GUCUGUCAAAAUGGCGACGCCCUUGAUAAGUCGGUGUGCGUUGUUAGGGGCUACGCUUCGAAGACUGUCCAUUGGUGACUCCACUUUGGGAGUGCGAGGAAUUCAUUCAACUGCGAUAUGUUACAAGAACAGAGCUGCCCGUAUUCGUGUGGGAAAAGGUGACCGACCCCUGAACUAUGAGCAGGCGCUCCAUCCACACCAGAUAGGUCAUCGAAAAGGCUGGCUAUCUGCACACACCAGUAACCUGCAUGAGGAAGAGGGUGCUGCUGACAGAACCGUAGAGGACGUUUUCAUUCGCCGCUUCAUCUAUGGCACAUUCCACGGUUGCCUAGCCAAUGAGCUGGUCAUCAAACGCCGCGGGAACCUCAUUGUGAUAUGUGGCCUGAUGCUUCAGAAGCUGCCGCCACAGAAAUUCUACUUCCUGAUUGGCUACACAGAGACUCUGCUCUCGCACUUUUACAAGUGCCCUGUCAAGAUGGAAAUACAGACUUUGGAACAGAAGGCAGUUUAUAAAUAUGUCUGAAUGUACACAUACGUACACUGAGACAUACUUACACACAUACAGCUCUGGAAGCAAAAUUAGACACCACUGCACAUUUUUUUUAUGUUAUCCUACGGCUGCUGAGUGACAUUUGAAUGAGUUGACGGUCAUAUUCAAAUUUUCAGUGGUCUCUUAAUUUUGAAUAUGACUGUCAACUCAUUCCAAUGUCACUCAGCAAUCGUAGGAUGAAAUCAGAGAUAUGUGCAGUGCUGUAUGUACACCUGAUUGACUGUAUGGAAUAAGGUGAGAUUCAUCAUGUGAAAGCUUAGUUUGUAAUCUGCUGUUUGUAAAGUGGCCCGUUACCGAAUCAGAUUUUGGUGAAUUCCUUUUCUUUUGGUGUAUUCCCAUUCCCUCUUGAACCGUGCUUAUUGCUUCUCAUUGUAUUUACUCAAACCAUCAUUAAAACUGUUAAAUUAUC